UUAUCUCUCCCUCUUAUAAUAAAACCCUAACCGAUCUUCUCUCUUCAGUCUCUCUGUCGCCUCUUCUAUCUCUAACAACGACUCUCUCUACAAAUCUCUAAAUCUAAUCAUCCAUCCAUGACUUGCUACAAGGGAAAAUACCAUGACGAGCUUAUUGCCAAUGCUGCCUACAUUGGCACUCCUGGAAAGGGUAUUCUUGCUGCUGACGAGUCAACUGGCACAAUUGGCAAGAGGCUAGCUAGCAUCAAUGUCGAGAAUGUUGAAGGAAACAGGCGUGCUCUCCGUGAGCUCCUUUUCUGCACUCCUGGUGCCCUCCAGUACCUUAGUGGAGUGAUCCUCUUUGAGGAGACUCUCUAUCAGAAGACUGCCUCUGGCAAACCCUUUGUGGAUGUUAUGAAGGAAGGUGGAGUUCUUCCCGGAAUCAAAGUAGACAAGGGCACAGUUGUGCUUACUGGCACUGAUGGUGAAACUACCACCCAGGGUCUUGAUGGCCUUGGUGAACGAUGUGCAAAAUACUAUGCAGCUGGUGCCCGGUUUGCUAAAUGGCGUGCUGUGCUUAAGAUUGGCCCUACUGAGCCAUCUGAGUUGGCAAUCCAUGAAAAUGCAUAUGGGUUGGCAAGAUAUGCAAUGAUCUGCCAGGAGAAUGGCCUUGUCCCCAUUGUUGAGCCUGAGAUCCUGGUGGAUGGCCCUCAUGAUAUUGAAAAGUGUGCUUAUGUAACUGAACGUGUUCUGGCAGCAUGCUACAAAGCACUGAAUGACCAUCACGUUCUGCUUGAGGGAACUCUGUUGAAGCCUAACAUGGUGACUCCUGGAUCAGAAGCCAAGAAGGUUUCCCCAGAGGUGGUGGCCGAGUACACCGUUCGGACCCUCCAGCGAACUGUGCCUGCAGCUGUUCCUGCUAUUGUGUUUUUGUCUGGGGGGCAGAGUGAGGAGGAGGCCACUCUCAACCUCAAUGCCAUGAACAAGCUCAAGGGGAAGAAGCCAUGGAACCUGUCCUUCUCCUUUGGACGUGCACUUCAGCAGAGCACUCUCAAGGCCUGGUCAGGAAAGGAGGAAAAUGUUGUGAAGGCCAGGGGAGCAUUCCUGGUAAGGUGCAAGGCAAACUCUGAGGCCACUCUUGGAACCUACAAGGGUGAUGCCAAACUUGGAGAGGGUGCCUCGGAAAGCCUCCAUGUCAAGGACUACAAGUACUGAUGAAGUUUUGGGUUCGGUUUGCUUUUCUGUUUUUCUUUGGAGAGUAUAUGCAGGUAUGGGGACAUUAAUGGUCUCAUCUCAGGCACCAUAGGUUUAGGGUGUUUUUCGUUAUCUUCCGGAUCCUUUUAUGCUUGUAGUUGAAUGGUGGUAGAUUAAUAAGCUUGAUGAGCGAUGUUGCCAUGUUGAGUUUGAACGCUUUUCAAUUAAAACUCUGUUAAUGUGUUUUUCCACCUUUAAUAUAUAAAAUAUUGUCAUUUGGAACAA